AUGGAGCUGCUGGACCACACGCGGACCUCCGCGGAGCUGGAGACGAUGCUGAACCACGACCCGACCCUGCUGCCGGACCUCGACCCUGAAGACACCGGACAACGGAUGAAGCUCGAGAGGCUCAAGCUCGCCAUCGACUACCGCCAGAAGAAGUUCGUGGCCCACGCGAACGUGCAGCAGCUCCUCGCCUCCGUCUGGUACGACGGCAUGCCCGGCUUCCGCCGCAACAACUUCCCCUCCCAGUGCCUGGAGCUGGCGAAGAUCGGCUCCUGCUUCCCCAUCGUCUCCGUCGCCUACAUCCUCCGCCCCCACGGCACCCUGGGCACCAUGGCGAGGAAGCCCUUCAUCAAGUUCAUCGUCCAUUCCGCCUCCUACAUGUUCUUCCUCUGUGAG